AUGAAUGAUACAGGCCACAUUGAUGGUGAUGGGUUGACACUGAUGUCAGAUAGGCAGAAGGGUUUGAUUGAGGCCAUCUCCAUUACUGCACCAAAGGCUGAUGUCAGGUUUUGUGUUAGGCAUAUCUGGGCCAAUUUCAAGAAGAAGUUUGCUGGGACAUUGUUCAAGGAAGCCUUCUGGAAAGCUGCCAAAGCCACCACUCUACACCAAUUUCAAAAAGAACUUGGAGGUAUAAGGUUCCUAUCUGAGGAGGCCUACAACUUUUUGGUUGAUAUACCAGCAAGGCACUGGUCCAGGCAUGCCUUCACUACAACAGCCAAGUCCAACAUGGUAACAAACAAUAUGUGUGAGACUUUCAACGCAGUUAUCAAAGAGGCAAGGGACAAGCCUGUGAUUACCUGCAUGGAGUGGUUAAGGAGGUACAUAAUGAAGAGGCAAGCUGAGAAAUGGAGGAAGGGUGCUAAAUAUUGCACUGCAAUUCAUUCAAGAACAGAUGAAUGGGAGGUGGACACAGCUGAUGAUAGGCUCAUUGUGAAUCAGAGAACAAGAACUUGUACAUGCAACCACUUUAUGCUAACUGGCAUACCUUGCAGCCAUGCAUGGAGUUGCAUUGUGGCUAAAAGAGAAAGGCCUGCAGACUAUGUGGAUCAAUGCUACAACAAGGAGACAUACACCAAAGCUUACUCUUCACAUGUUAAGCCCAUGCCUGGGUACAAGCACUGGGAUGCUUGUGAUAACCCAGAGCCACUGCAGACUAUGUGGAUCAAUGCUACAAGCACUGGCAGACCUAGCUUGAAGAAAAGGAGAAAGGAAGAUGAUGAGGUAGAGAAGGGACAGGGAAAGAAAGUGAAAAGACAAGGUAGGAACCAAAAGUGCUCGAACUGUGGAGAGUAUGGGCACAAGAACUACAAAGGAAAGUGCAAGAAACCUAAGGUUGCACCUGCUGCCAAAAGUCCCAAAAAAGGAGGAAGACCUGCUUCUAAUGAUGCUUGGGUGCUGGCCUGUAAGAAGAAAAAGGAGAUAAGGGCAAACAUGAUGAGCUAUGCCCCCCCAAGUGAGCAACAAGACACACAAGGACAAACCAGCAAAAAGCCCAAGAAUAAGAGCGGGAAAAAUCCGGAAUCUCAGCACAAUAGUGACCCACAAUCUCAGCCCACCAAACCACCAAAGAAGAAACUAAAAAGCUUGAAAGAUGACUUGCUUUCAUGA